AUUGAUAGUUUUCUUUUUCAGAACUGGGCUAAAUCCGAAUCUAUCCCGGGUCGUGUGUGAGUGUGAGUGUGUGAGAGAAAUAAUUUUUGUAUAUUGUAUCUUUGAAAUUGCGCGAGUGUGUGCGGUGGAAGAAGAGUCUGAACUGCUACCGCUGAAAUCUGAAACUGAACUACGACGACAACCAUCACUGAAGACGAAUAUUGACGUCAAAUAUGGCAGCUCUAACGGCAACACCUAUGGUCAUACUUGAAGAGGCCAAAAAGCAAUUUCAAGAAGAUGGCAAACUUAAUGUGCAGCUUCUUGAUCAGGUUGUGACAAUGAUGAAUCGAGCCACCGGUGAGGAACAAAAACUGGCAAAUAUGAUUCUUGUCGAACUGAAAGAGAAUCCAAACUCCUGGACGAAGGUUGACGCCAUAUUGGAAUACUCGGACCUCGCGGAAUCGAAGUACUUUGCUUUGCAAAUUCUAGAAUCCGUCAUACAAACGAAAUGGAAAUCACUACCGCUUGUGCAACGAGACGGCAUCAAAAGUUUCAUUGUGCAGUUCAUAUUAAAACUCAGUGAAUCACGUGCUGAAUCCGAGAAGAAUUCACUUUUGUUGCACAAGCUGAAUCUUGUACUUGUACAGAUUGUAAAGCAAGACUGGCCGAAGAACUGGCCUUCAUUUAUCACGGAUAUCGUUGAGUCAUCGAAGACGAAUGAUAACAUUUGUGUAAAUAAUAUGAAUAUCUUGAGUUUGCUAAGUGAAGAAGUGUUCGAUUUUGGCAGCCAAAACCUAACUCAGGCUAAGGAGCAACAUUUGAAACAGCAGUUCUGUGGUCAAUUCCAGGAAGUUUUCACUCUUUGCAUAACAAUUCUUGAAAAAUGCCCUGCAAAUUCGAUUGUCGAAGCAACGUUGAAAACUUUGCACCGUUUUCUUUCAUGGAUCCCUGUGGGAUACGUGUUUGAAACGAAUAUUACGCAACUGCUCAGUGAAAACUUUCUGUCGCUGGAAGUUUAUCGAGUGGUCACGCUCCAAUGUUUGACGGAAAUCUCCAUGAUACAAAUUGAAGCUGAAGAUAACGCUUACAAGGAGAAGCUCUGUGCAAUGUUUUGUGCUACUAUCAAGGAGAUUGGAAUUCUGCUUGGUGAAAGGGCAGAUCUUGCUACAGCUUACCAAAAAGGAACUGAUCAAGAUCAGAAGUUUAUCUCAUGCUUGGCACAGUUUCUCGUGGCAUUUUUGAAGGAUCAUUCGGCGCUUGUUGAGAACUACAAUCCAGCCUGUCCACAAGUUACGGAAUAUCACAAAUACGCCAUAGAACUACUUCUUUCAAUCAGUCAGGUCGAAGACGUGGAAAUUUUCAAGGUGUGCUUGGAUUACUGGUGUGCCUUAACAUCCGAGUUAUAUCGCCUCAAUCCGUUCACACCGCCGUCUCCACCUAUAGCUAUAUCAUUUUCUUGUGGAGGCCAUGUUUGUGGAAAAGAACAUCCGAGGAGGAAGUUGUACAAAGAGCACCUAUCGAAUUUGCGGACGAUCAUGAUCUCACGCAUGGCAAAACCGGAAGAAGUGUUAGUUGUAGAGAACGAUCAAGGCGAGGUUGUGCGCGAGAUUGUCAAGGACACAGACUCUAUCACAUUGUAUAAGAACAUGCGCGAGUGUCUCGUGUAUUUGACUCAUCUUGACUGCAAAGAUACGGAACAGAAAAUGACUGACAAGUUGGCUAGCCAGGUAAACGGCUCUGAGUUUUCUUGGAAGAACUUGAACACACUGUGUUGGGCAGUUGGCUCCAUCUCUGGAACCAUGGUUGAGGAAGACGAGAAACGGUUCCUUGUCUUAGUCAUUAGAGAUCUGCUUGGACUGUGUGAACAGAAGCGGGGCAAAGACAACAAGGCUGUGAUAGCAUCUAACAUUAUGUAUGUUGUUGGUCAAUACCCGCGUUUCCUCAGAGCCCAUUGGAAGUUCUUGAAAACGGUCAUCAACAAACUGUUCGAGUUUAUGCAUGAAACACACGAAGGUGUUCAAGAUAUGGCUUGCGAUACGUUCAUCAAGAUCGCGAUGAAAUGCAAACGGCAUUUUGUCAUUAUGCAAGUUGGAGAGCAGACUCCUUUCAUUGACGAAAUGCUGAAAAAUCUUAGUGGAAUAAUCUGCGACCUCGCACCAUCACAGGUUCACGUUUUCUAUGAAGCCGUAGGACAUAUCAUCUCGUCAGCUAGCGAUGAACCUGAUCAACAAGCGGACCUCAUUGAAAAGCUCAUGGCUUUGCCAAACUCGGUCUGGGAUGAGAUAAUUGCUAACGCAGGCGAGAACAUGGCUGUUUUGGAAGAGCCGGAGGUCACGCGAAAUCUGCUGAAUAUACUGAAAACCAAUGUCGCAUGUUGUAAAGCAGCGGGAAAUCCAUUCAUAACACAACUUAGUCGUCUGUACAUCGAUUUACUUUCGUUGUACCGUAUAUUAUCAGAGAAAGUCUCGGUAGCAGUUGAGCAGAAUGGACAGGAAGUGUUGAAGAUGCCAUUACUCAAAACGAUGCGUGCUGUGAAACGUGAGAUUUUGAUAUUAAUCUCAACUUGGGUGGCCAGCGCUAAAGACAGACAGAUGGUCCUGGAGAACAUAGUGCCUCCAUUGUUUGACGCUGUACUAUUUGACUAUCAGAAGAAUGUACCUGCAGCGAGGGAACCGAAAGUGCUAUCACUUCUCAGUAUUAUCGUGACGAAACUUGGAUCAAUGUUAGCGUCACAAGUGCCUCAAAUACUUGCGGCUGUAUUUGAAUGCACAUUAGAGAUGAUCAAUAAAGACAUGGAAGCGUUCCCAGAACAUCGCACAAACUUCUUCCAACUUAUUCAUGCGCUAACUGUGGAGUGUUUCCCUGUUUUCCUUGCGUUGCCUCAAGAACAACUCAGUUACAUCAUCGAUGCUGUGGUAUGGGCAUUCCAGCACUCAAUGCGCAACGUUGCUGAAAUUGGUCUCGACAUCCUAAAGGAUAUGCUAGAUCGAGUAGAACAUCUUCCACGUGAUCAGUCACAACCAUUCUAUAAACGAUUUUACAUGCAAAUUCUUCAACAUGUGCUAGCAGUUGUUGCGGAUAGCAGUCAAGUUCACGUAGCUGGCUUGACCUAUUAUGCCGAGGUGUUAUGUAGACUAUUCAAAGCAUGUGAAUUCCUGAUCACUGUGCCUCUCAACGAUGAGAAUCCCAAACAAAGCAACGUUGACUACAUCUAUGAGUACAUCGCUAGCAUAUUUGUACAGCAUUUCACCAAUCUUACAGAGGGUCAAAUUCGUGUCAUCAUCAAGGGUUUCUUCAGUUUUAACACUGAUCAGAGUGGAAUGCGCAACCAUUUACGUGAUUUCCUUGUCCAGAUAAAGGAGUUCAAUGGUGAAGAUACGUCCGAUCUGUUCCUCGAAGAGAGAGAAGCUGAGAUUCAAGCUGUACAAGCAAAGAAAAACGCCAUCCCAGGUAUGGUGGAUCCGAAUGCUUUAGUCGAUGAAGAUGAGAUGCGUUGAUUUUUUGAACGCUGCUCUUUCCAUACUUUGUGUGUGCAUCUAAGUGUGCUGUGGUUGUCUUUUUGUUCCUCUUAACCUUUAAUGAUUAUCUUUAUACGAGAAAAAUUCCGGUUCCUGCGCCAUUGUGUGCAUUUUGGCUCUACUCGUAUCGAGGCACCGGUAGGAUGAAACAUGUUGUUAAGUAUUGUUGAUUUUCGAACGUUCUUGUCGUAUAUGUCUUCUGUUAAUCGUAUCCCCUCCACUCCAGUCGUUCGCUACUGUUUUGAUAUGCUUUUUUUUCAUGGUGGAAGAGGCGUAUGUUUCAUAAAAGUCCAAUUAGUGCAGUGUCUUGUGUUCUCCUCGUUCAUUGUCUUCGAAUUUUGUGCCCCUCAUUACACAGCCCGAUCGUUUUUUAUAUGUCAUUUGCAAUUCACUGUUCAUUGCGAUAUUAAUUUUCCUAAUCUUCUGCCGCCCUCCCGCUAUUCUCGAUCUCUCCCAGUUUUGAGCGUGUAUAUCAUCACGCGGAGUUCUUCGUUAUUCUUUACCGUUAUCUGGAGUUUUGGCACAUUUUUUCACAAUAAACUGUUAGCCUUGUAAA